AUGCAAACGGACGAGUCUGAGUCUCCAACUAUGGUCGCUGGUGGUGGUGCUUCCGCCGUCUACUCUCUCUUAUCACUCUCCCCAAGGCGUUCGACGGUCUCAAAUCUCUCUCGGUCUUCAAUCGACUUCCAGAGUAGUCCUCAAGAACGCGCCCUCGUCUCCCAGCUCUUGAACAAGAUUGGUCUAUACCCGGAAGAAUCGAGCCCGGAGGCCAAGUCCCCCAUCGUCAACGGGGCAGCCUAUCACCCUGUUAAGAAGUACGGCUCGCUCGACCAGCUGGGCCCGCCACCCCCGAAGCGGAUCGUCCAAGCAAGCUACACCGAGCUCCAACGUGCAGUUGCCGAGACUCCGUUGAUGUGGGCGGAUGAGAAUCCAUUCUCAUCAUCAGGGACGAACGAACGCAAGCGGGAUUCGACUGUCUGGCUGUACAGCAGCGCGACUUCCUACCAGCUCGAGUCUUGGUCGGCCACCAGCUCGGCAACGCUCAAGCUUUAUGUCCGCCUGCGGGCCGAAGCCGCCCCUCAACUCGCUCCUCCGUCAACGGCAGCAGCUGCUCAUCCAGGGACGACCCGGUGUUCUCGGCGGCACUUACCGUCUGCGCGAAGACAGCCGUUCGUCCACCCUCUCCAGUUCGACGACUGUUGGCGGGCUCUCGCCCUCGGACCGGACGACGACUUCGAAGUCGGAGAAGUCGUCCUCAAACCGGGCCCUCCGUCGAACGAGUCGACGUCAGGAGGCGCUGCGUCCCCUAGGGAUCCCGUCCUUGACGGACAGCUGUUCGUACACGAAUGA